ACUACCCGGCCUGCCCCGCGGCAAGAUGGCGGCUUGAAGGCAGCUGGCAGCGGCGGAAAGCUUAGAUCAGCCUUUCCACAGUUCCUGUGGCAGCAUCUGCCCCAAUUUCAGCUGAAGAUUCAGGGGCCCCAGGGACUGGAAGAAAUCACAGUGCCUACUCGGAAAGAAGAGUUGCCCCAGCCCAACCCCAGAGCGGGUACCUGCUGUCAGUGACUCCUGAAUUUAUUCUUGCUGUGUGUCUACUUUUGUUAUUCUCUUUUGCUCCGGAGUUGGGCUGCUCAUCCACCAAGCUGUCUGUAUGGAGUGCCUGGAGGGCGCCUGCCAUGAGUCUGUCACUAACCGCACUAACCAGGAGAGCUGGCUGGUUGGGAGAAGACACUAACCCUGAGCUGCUGGCGAAAGGAAGUGGAGGGGCCGUGGGAUGCGGAGAGCCGAGGGCUGACUCCCGGACAGCGGAACAGAGAGAGCUGCCGACGGACAGACGCAGGUGGAGGAGCUUUCACCUCCCAGAAUGACCAGUGCAGCCCCUGCUAAGAAACCCUACCGGAAGGCACCGCCAGAGCAUCGGGAGCUGCGGCUGGAAAUUCCUGGAGGCCAGCUCGAGCAGGAGGAGCCCCUGAGUGAUGCGGAAAGGAUGAAGCUCUUGCAGCAGGAGAAUGAAGAGCUUCGCCGGCGCCUGGCCUCGGCCACCAGACGUACCGAAGCCCUGGAGCGUGAGCUGGAAAUCGGGCAGGACUGCCUGGAACUGGAGCUGGGCCAGAGCCGCGAGGAGCUGGACAAGUUUAAGGACAAGUUCCGCAGGCUGCAGAACAGCUACACAGCUUCCCAGCGGACCAACCAGGAGCUGGAGGACAAGCUGCACACACUGGCCUCUCUCAGCCACAGCUGGAUUUUUGCAAUCAAGAAGGCUGAGAUGGACAGGAAGACGCUGGACUGGGAGAUUGUGGAGCUGACCAACAAGCUGCUGGAUGCCAAGAACACCAUCAACAAGCUGGAGGAGCUCAAUGAGCGGUACCGGCUGGACUGCAACCUGGCUGUGCAGCUCCUCAAGUGCAACAAGUCCCACUUCCGCAACCACAAGUUCGCUGACCUGCCUUGUGAGCUUCAGGACAUGGUUCGGAAGCAUCUACACAGUGGUCAUGAGGCUGCCAGCCCAGGCCCUGCUCCCGGCCUGGCCCCAGGCGCUGUGGUGCCUACCUCGGUCAUUGCCCGGGUGUUGGAGAAGCCAGAGUCUCUGCUCCUCAAUUCAGCCCAAUCGGGCAGUGCUGGGCGCCCCUUGGCUGAGGAUGUCUUUGUGCAUGUGGACAUGAGUGAGGGUGCCCCGGGUGACCCCGCCAGUCCCCCGGCCCCUGGCAGCCCCACCUCCCAACCUAAUGGGGAGUGCCAUUCUCUGGGUCCUGUGGGGGGCUCCCCAGAGGAGGAGCUGCCCCUGCCAGCCUUCGAGAAGCUGAGCCCUUACCCCACCCCGUCUCCACCACACCCACUGUAUCCUGGCCGCAGGGUAAUAGAGUUCUCUGAGGAUAAGGUUCGGAUCCCCCGCAACAGCCCUCUGCCCAACUGCACUUACGCCACCCGCCAGGCCAUCUCGCUCAGCCUGGUGGAGGAGGGGAGCGAGCGGGCCCGUCCCAGCCCAGUGCCCAGCAGCCCGGCCUCCGCCCAGGCCUCACCCCACCGCCAGCCCGGCCCCGCGCCCCCGACACUCAGUGCCCCAGCCAGCUCUGCCAGCUCUGAAGAGGACCUGCUGGCCAGCUGGCAGCGGGCAUUUGUGGACCGUACUCCGCCCCCUGCUGCUGUGGCCCAGCGCACAGCCUUUGGACGCGACGCACUCCCAGAGCUGCAGCGCCAUUUUGCCCAGAACCUUGCUGACAGAGACGAGUUGGUUCAGGCAUCUUCUUUCCCACCCGAUGAGAGUGGGCUUUUGCUACCAACUGAACCUGACUCUGGCUUUCCCAGGGAGGAGGAGGAGGAAGAGCUCAACCUGCCCGUCAGUCCUGAGGAAGAGCGCCAGAGCCUGCUGCCCAGUAACAGCUGCACAGAGCAGGGGCCUGGUGCUUCCCACACUGAGGGCAGGGCCUGGCCACUCCCCAGCUCCAGCCGCCCCCAGCGCAGCCCCAAGAGGAUGGGGGUGCACCACCUGCACCGCAAGGACAGCCUAACCCAGGCCCAAGAGCAGGGCAACCUGCUCAACUAGGGCCCUGCUUGCCUUCCUGCCACUGCUGUGCUGGGACCGCAAGGAACCACACCCUUGCUGCUCAGGUCCCCAGCCCAAGCCCUGACCACGUCCCUCCAGGUGCCACAGCUCUGUCCUCUGGGUGGGUGGGGUUAGGUGUGAUCCUCGCCAGGCCUCUCAGCCGCAUCAACUGGCGCCAGUUUGCCUCCUGGUUUCCCCCUUUUCUUGGAACAUGUCUUUUCCUGGGGGAAACACGUGGUUGGGUCUCAAGCCCUGUCCUUCAGUCGGCCCAGCCCAGAUUGGGCUGUUCUGGGGAGCUGAGGGCUAAUCAGUGCUCCCCUUCCAUCCUCCUUUCUCACAAGUUUUGUUUCUUGGGGGGAGGUGUCCUUGGAGUUACUGAUUUCUGCUUCCUGCCUGUUCCCUCUCCCCCCAUCGUCUGCAUGAGCUGCUGCCCUGACGGAGCCUGGCACAGCUGGCCCUUGGGGAUGAGGACGAGGACUGACUCAGGGCUUCCCUCGGCCGCUUCCUUCCUCCCUCUGGAAGGGAGGGUGGGGUUCAGGGCCCCAAGCUGAGCUGUGGGUGAGGCCUGGCCCCCCUCCCAACCUUGGCUCUAGACUGUUACUCCCAGCUUUGGGAAACUUUCACAUUGAUGACUAUUUUAAGACUAAAUAAAACUAUUUUACUGGUACGGCCUAA